GUACAGCAUCGUCGGGAAGGUGCUCAGCGGUGAAGCGAGCUGUGUGAACAUGGCUGUAGUCGGCGACUGGCUGUCAGAAAAUGUGCUCGACAUUCUUGGAAAAUACACUCCCAGCGACGUCUACAAUGCCGACGAGAGCGGCCUCUUUUACCAGAUGCUACCUAAAAAGGCUCUCGCGCUGAAGGGCCAGACGUGCCAUGGCGGUAAGCACAGCAAACAGAGGCUCACUCUCUUGCUGUGCGUUAACAUGGACGGCAGCGACAAACGAGACCCCCAUGUUAUCGGCAAGAGCGCAAGGCCGCGAUGCUUUAAGGGCACGAAAAGGCUUCCUGUGAAGUACAUUGCAAACUCAAAAGCUUGGAUGUCGCGUGCCAUUUUCAUCACACGGCUCGAAGAAUUUGACAGCGACAUGCGCCGCCAGAAAAGGAACGUCUGCCUGUUGCUGGAUAACUGCACCGCCCACUACAUGCCAGCGGUUGAGCUCACCAACGUGGAGCUCCGGUACUUCCCCCCAAAUGCUACGUCCGUGGUCCAGCCUCUAGACCAAGGGAUUAUUAAUAGCGUUAAGUGCGCAUACAAGCGUCGAGUCGUUGAAAGGGUUCUUCUGAACCUGGACCUGAAGCGCGAUACGAAGAUCGACGUCUUCAUGGCGGUUGAGAUGGUGGCGGCGGCUUGGAGGGCAACGAGGCAGUCGGUAAUUGUCAACUGCUUCAGAAAUUCUGGCUUCGGUACGCCGGGCCGCGAAACUGCCGAAGCUGCACCGGACUGCGCGGGCGCCGUGCACCAGCACGAAGAUGCCUGGGAGCGCCUUCGCUUAGCGGAUGAAGUGCCGACAGGGAUGAGUUUCUCCGACUACGUAAACGCUGACGCAAACGCCGUCACGACUGAAGUUCUGGAUGACGGGGACAUCUUGAGGCUUGUUGGAAGCGUGGAGGGAGUGGCGGCUGACGAUGUUGACGACGACAGUGAGGUUACCGAAGCUCCCGUGCCGACACCAGGCCAAGUGAUGGAUGCAAUUGACCUGCUGCGGCAGUUUGCUGGAGCACACGAGGGAACCGAAGAUGCGCUGGAUGCACUUCAGGCCUACGAGAAGUCAGUCCGGCCGCUGCUCACAAAGCGCACGCAAGCAAAGAUAACCGACUUCUUUGCUGGAAAAUAA